AUGGUACAAGAAAACGGAAAUAUCACUAGUUUGACAAUCAAGUGCCGUUUCGGAGAGGAUAUCCGAAAAUGGACAGUUCAUCAUAAUAAUGAUUUGACACUCUUCGAUUUGUUGAUGGCAAUUCAAAGAAUUUUCGAUAUCAACGCCGACAAAUUUAUUGUGAAAUACAAAGAUCAUGGUAAGUAAUUACAUUCAAUAUAAUUAUAAUUUUUUCCUAACAAAACACGUUUUUCAGAAGGAGAUUAUAUCACAAUCGUUGAUGACAAUGAUUUAUUAUAUGCAUUAAACACACUGAACUCGAAUAUUCUCACAAUCUCGGUCGCUCCGAAUACAGUUAGCCGUAAUGCUCUUCAAAAUAUUCAAGAGCAAAUUAACCACAUUCAGGUAAUGUAAUAUAUUCUAAAUACUUGUGAAUCAACUUAUUUUUUUCUAUUUUCAGAGUAGCGUAUCUGAACUUCUUCACUCAAUCUCUUCACUCGACGAAUUGGAACGAUUGGCACUUGUUGAAAAGACUCAACAUAAAGAGCUCGAUCAACAUAGUAUCAAAGAAAAAUUGAAUGUAGGUUUUUUCUCUUUAGUUGAACUUCAAUAUAAAAAUUCCCAAUUUCAGUAUAUUCAAUCGCCACCCUCGCCAAUUCCAUCAGAGAAGCCAGAGAUUCCAGCAACAAUUCAACCAUCUGUUCAAGAGCAGGUUCUCAACGAUGGUUUGCAUGCUCCACCAAUUGAGGAAGAAAUUCCAUUGGAAAACUCGUAUGCGCCAUCACAUAUUCAACCAUCUGUUGAAUCAUUGAACUCGAGUUUCUCGGCUCCACCGUCACACUUUGAGCAAGUAUCACCACAAGAUAAUCAACAUCAACAAUUCGCUCCACUUCCACCAUCAAUUCCAUCCUUCCCACAAUCGAAUUCCGGCCCACCGCCACAAUUGCCACCAAUUGAGCCCCAACAACAUCAAUAUGCUCCACCGUCGCAUUCAUCAAUCGCUUCAACUCCAGCUCCAGAUCAACAACACUUCCACCAACAACAAUUUGGAGCUCCACCGCCGCAACAUCAAGAGCAACAAUUCUCACCACCUCAACAACAGCAACCACCAUUUGGAGGACCUCCACUUAGCGGACCACCGCAAGGAGGGCCACCACAAGGAUUUGCUCCGCAAGGGGGACCACCGCAAGGAGGUCCACCACAAGGAUUUGCUCCGCAAGGGGGACCACCACAAGGAGGCCCACCACAAGGUUUCGCUCCACCAACCCAACAACAACCUGGCCAAUUUGCCCCGCCACCGUUCCAACCUCCACAAGGCGGUCAACCUCAACAAUUUGCUCCACCUCCACCACAAUUCGGAGCCCCACCAACUGGAUUUGCUCCACCUCCACAACAACAAUUUGCCCCACCGCCACAAGGUGUUCCAGGAUCAUUUGCUCCACAAGCACAAGGUGGAUUUGCACCUCCACCAACUGGCGCCCAAUCAUUCGGACCUCCACCAACUGGAGCUUUUGGUGGAGUUCCCGGAGGACCACCAGGAGGAAAUCCAUUUGCGAGAGGACCAGCAAGUGGAUAUCGACAAUCGCCAUAUCAUCAAUAGACUUUAAUGGUUCGUUUUUUUCAGCAAAUUUUCAGCAUAAUUAAAAUUAAUUUUUUUUCAGAUUUAUAUGGUUCCAAAGUAUGCUGCUCGUUUUUGAAUAGUAAUAUCGUUAUUAUAAUUUAUUCCCUGUCUCCCCAUUCUUCUUCUCCUUUUUUUUGUAAUUUCAUUCCCCCGCGACAUUCAUUUCCCACAGUAACUUUUCAUGUGAUUAAAAUGGUUUUUUUUAGAAUUGUGUCCCAAACCGAAUUAA